AUGUUCGCCCCGAUCCUCGCCCUCUUCUCUAGCGUCGCCCUCGCCAACGCCUACGGACUCAAGUCCGCCUCGACCUCGCCCUACGGCCAGUCGUCCGGCAAUUGGGAGCUCCAGAAGACCGCCUACGGCGCCCUCCUUGUCGGCGGCAAGGACGUGCCGCUCUCAACCUCCGUCACCAUCGAGGGCGGCCAGCUCAAGCUGGUGUGCCCGCAGCAGGCGACGGCGGCGCUCGUGCCCACGGGGUCGGACGAGCCGCGGUACACGGUGCAGGUCGUUAGCAAGACGGACGACCUGCCGAAGGGGAGCAUCUUCACUGGGUGGACGACGCAGGAUGACGGGGUCUCGUCGCCGGAUGAUUUGACCAAGGUCGUCAAUACGGAGGUCGGCCUGAACGGGACCUACAACCUGGCCACCGUUGACGGCGCCAACGCUCUGACGUGGUCCGACAAGGGACCGUCAAACGACGUCCAGUGGUUCUUGGCCAUCGACGAGGCCAACGAUGUCCACUGCUAG